AUGUCGCAAACUGAUCAGCGAAGUGAUCUAAUCGUCAGCCUCGGGCAUAGUGAUCGACAUCAGCAGACUUGCCAAGAAUCCGAGCCGGUGUCAUUUGCUGCAGCAUCACAGAGUAUCGAGGGGUCACAACGAUUCUAUCGCUCUUUGGACAGACAGGAUGAAAGCCAGGAGGUCGGUCAUGAGAGGCCCCAAUCGGCCCACUCUGGACGUCUGGUCACAUUGGAAGAGACGCGCGAUGGGGCUUUGCAUACGCUCGCUUUGUGUCGCAAUGUCAUCAUAACCCUCGAAUUGACACGCCUGCGCAAGUCCCGGACUGGAUUUUCCUAUUGGAUGUCAUUUUGGGCGCGGGUAUAUCAGAGACCGCUCGCUCGAAGUCUUUGUUCUCAUGUCGCGAAAGCGUUGAAUAAGGUCGAUGCGCUGUUUCGCGCUGUCUCUCAAGAGCUUCAACAACUUACGUCGAGAAUGGAACACGCGGUCGCCGUGGCUUCCUCGGAGAAGGAGAUUCUGUAUCUGCUCGAACGAAUGGAGGAGGAAGUGAGUGUGCGCCAAAGACGGAGGCGUCAAAAAGCCCAAAGCAUCACGGAGAAGAUGCGCGCCAAAAUAGAAGCAACACCGGUCAGAGUCACAGACACGCUUUUCAACGAUCUAAAGCGUGGAGUGUUUGCCCUGGACGUCUUUUGUGACUAUCAUCCCGGAGACCCUGUUGCGGAGGCAAAUGAGAUGUUGUGCGGAAACAACCUCGAAUACCCUCCACAUCCAUCGUUGGGAACGAUUGGACCAUACGACUAUCGCCGAAUGCAAGAGUCGCAACAAUCUGCAACGCUCGACGUCGACGCCUUCAUGCCUUUGGCGACCCACCCCGGUAAUUCGUACUAUCAUUAUGUCGAGAGAUUGAUAAAUCAGGACGACAGCUUUUCAGGUUGGACAGCGACAGAAGGUUUUUCAACGGACAGUUGGUGA